UCUGUUUUUUGCCUUCAUUCAAAUCUGAGUUUAGUGCUCAAUUGAAGCAACUAUUCUUAAUGUAGAUUUUCCAGAACAAAUAUCUGCUAUUUCCAUUAUGUGAAUUGUUAUAUUAUCUGUGCUGUAAUAGUCUUACUAUGUUCCUUCUGUUGUAACUGAACUAAAACUCUUUCUGGAAAUCAGUGUGUUGCAGAAAUCUCAGAAAGAAAUACACAGAGACACAGAAUUCAGAUAAAAUAAUAAAAUUUCUUCUUGAGAGCAAGCGGGAAUGCCAGAAACCAGACCAGUCAGUAUCAGCCCCUUUUGUUCAGCAUUUCCCUUUUUUGACGGCUGGCUCCGUCACAAGUGGCACCCUAACAGGGACCUGAGAACGGAGGACAAGGUGAAGGACGCCGCUGGAUUGUGAGCUCGGACAAAAUGAAGACAAUGCGCGAUGGUUACCAGAACGGCUCGUGCACCAGGCAGAUGUCUCUUCAGCAGAUUCUCCUCCUCCUCAUGGCGAUGGUCACGAUGACUAAGUGUGAGAUGUUUUGGGCCUAUGUCCCUGACCCCCCUCUUUUGCAUCAUCCUGUCACCUGGGAGGAUUCACCAGUUUCAGUAUAUGUGAAUAAUACUGCAAUAGCUGGCCCCCCCUCACUCGGUCAUAUAAAAGAAGAGAUAAAAGAAGGUUUUAAUUAUUCAGGGAAAGGAUGGGGAAUCCCUAUAUGUUUUUCACAAAAUGGUACCGUAAAGAGUUGUUUAAAUUUUACAUGGGAUACUUUUAAUGAAGGGUCUCUGUAUGGCAACAAGAGACACAAUAUUCGAAUGCCAUGGCCAAGUUGUGGAGGCUCUCUAGAGAUAGAUGAUCCUCCCCAAGACUACCCCCAAUGUAUGAAUAAGGCACUCACCAAUAACAGAAUCAUACCAUGGGCCAGAUGUAGAGUGGACCGGCCGGCCAUCUAUAACUUCACCGAUCAACAAGAAGUGCUACAGGAUUGGAGUGCCCAAUUGGACAAUUGUCAAGGUGGGGCGAACACAGAACAGCAGUUGACUGUGGGACUUUGGCGAGUGCCUUCCGGCCCUUUUCAGCCCAUGAUAUGGAAACUUAUGGUUGCUAUGGGAGGGAUAAAAAGGAUUGGUGUGGGACCAGACUCUGGGUUGGAGGGAAAUAUCACAGCUUGUGUGCCCCAGCCCUACUUACUGUUAUUGGGAGGUUUUGAGAUUGAUUAUGAAAAUGGAACUCGUCAAUUUAAUGUAACAUGUGAUAAUUGCACAUUGUCAAAUUGUGUGAAAUUCGGGUAUCAAAAUGUUUUAAUAAUUCAUCAGCCCUCUUUUGUAAUGUUGCCAGUUAAUCUUUCAGAACCAUGGUAUGCAGAAAGAGGACUUCAAAUAUUGGAGAGUCUAAAUGGUUUAUUGAAAAGAGAAAAAAGGGUGGCCGGUAUGAUUGUAGCUGGAAUUGUUACCUUUAUAGCAUUUUUGAUUAGCUUAUCUACUGCUGUGGUUGCUUUAUCCCAGUCUGUGCAGACAGCAGCUUUUGUAGAUAAUCUUUCGAUGAAUGUAUCACAAGCCUUAGAGUUGCAAGAAGAUAUUGAUAUAAAAAUGGAAGAGAAGUUGAAUGCUCUUUUUGACACGGUGAUAUAUUUGGGACGCUCCCUUGAGGCUCUCAAACAUAGAAACCAUUUACAGUGCCAUGGAGAAUAUCGUUGGAUCUGUGUCACAUCACUAGCUUAUAAUAUGACAGAUUAUAACUGGCAGAUGGUCCAGGACCAUCUAAAAGGGGCAUGGUCACAUGGCAAUGAAACCUCAGACCUAUUAAAGCUCCAUCAGCAGAUAUUGAGCAUUCAACAAGCGGGAAGAAUAAGUCUGUCACCUGCACAGGUGGCACAGUCUCUUUAUGAUCAUUUAAAAACAUUGGUGCCUUCCUCAUUCUUUGCUAAACAGAUAGUGAGAGGCCUUGGACUACUGGCUGUCGGACUUCUGCUUAUGUUUCUUUUUUUUGUCAUAUUCAGCCAGUAUGUUCGAUCCAUGUUCUUAACACUGGCUGUUCAAUUACAUUAUCAAAAAUUGAUCACCUCUAAGAGGCCGGUUAGUCAAUGAUGGGUUUGGGACCAGGAGAAUCCCUUACCAACCUAAGACAGGGAAGGUUCUCUUCCCAAUGACAGGUAAGGUGGGAUUUUGUUCUGAGAUCUCACCUAAGACAGGCACAGUCCUCUAAUAAAUAAAAAAGGGAGAGGUGUGGAGAGCAAAGUGUUGAAACAACCCUGAGCCUUUUGAGAUUCUUGAGUCAGAUAA